UAACAGGCUAUCACUGUAAAAGAUCAAAUAUUUAUUUUUUCAGUACAGAUAAUCAGUAGCUUCAAGAUGAUACCGUUGAAACUUUUCUGUGUCGUAGUUAUUUUAAGUGCGAAUUUCAUUCUUUCCGCUAAAGCGUCACUCGACGGACGCAUUAUAGGAGGAAGCCCUGCAGACAUUCACUAUUUCCCCUACCAAGUGUCCAUACAAAACAACAAAGGCCACCAGUGUGGUGGCUCCAUCAUCCACAAAAGCUUCAUCUUAACGGCAGCUCAUUGUUUAGAAGGGGAACCCGUCAAAUCGUUAAAAAUAAGAGCCGGCAGCCACUUUUCCAACAAAGGAGGAACCAUCAGACAUGUUUGUGGCGCCACUAGCCACCAAAAUUACACAGGAAAGGGCUACUACGACUACGACAUCGCCGUCCUUAAAUUAUGCAACCCGUUAAUCUUCGGCGACACGAUUUUGCCUAUAGCCUUACCGGAAUUUAACGAACCCAUCGAUGUCUCCACACCAGCUACAGUGACCGGGUGGGGGACUACAACACAAGAGUCUAGCGUAUUUUCCCCACGUCUCCAAAAAAUCUCCCUCGUCGUCCACGACCAAAACACCUGUCGCAAAAAAUACAAAGGUUUGGCAGAAAUUACGCCUCGAAUGUUCUGUGCUGGGUGUCAAAAAGCUGUGUGCGAUUCCUGCUACGGAGACUCGGGCGGAGCGCUCUUCGCCAAGGGAAAGCAAGUCGGGAUCGUGUCCUGGGGUUACGGGUGUGCCGAAAAGAAUUAUCCAGGGGUGUAUUCACGGGUGGCUAAAUUCCGAAAAUGGGUUAAAAACAAAACUGGGGUGUAAUGUAAUUAACAUUCAACUAUUUCUCUAGCAGUUUAAUCAUAACCUAACUUUUUAAUAGUUAUUCGCAUCGAGUUAAUUAUUUGGCUUUAAUAGAAUGUAAUUAGAGUAAGUUUUCGUUGGUUUGCACUCAUUAAACUUUCCUAACUGAUGAUAAAUAUUUAGCGUGCAUAUUAUAAUUGGGUUCAUUGAUUGUGGUAACCACAAUGGAUUAUUAUCUAUUCGGGAAAAAUUGAAAUUAAGUUUGAGAGUUGAAUUCUAGGAAAAGAUUUAUGGGGCUAAUAAUUAAGGAAUUAGGUUAUCUGCAUUUAUCACUAACAUUUAUAAAUAGUGAACAGCAUUACUUACAUUGUUAGAGUCUUUGAAAUAAAGCG